GUGCUCACCAGCCGCAAAGUAUAAAUGUAGUUUUUAAUUCUUUUUUUCUAUCUCUCACAGAUGCAGCCUUUAAAUGCAGCUCCGAUAGGCUUGAGUGUGGGAAUGGGAGGUGCAUCACCAACAGGUGGAUAUGUGAUGGACAUGACGACUGUGGUGAUGGAACUGAUGAACUGCCGGCAACCUGCGCAACCAAAACAUGUCAGCAGACAGAGUUCAACUGCGGCGGUGUCACGAACCAGUGUAUCCCGCUGUCCUGGCACUGUGACGGCCGAGCUGAAUGUCAAAACGGAGCUGACGAGAAAAACUGCUCGGCCAAACAAUGCAGCGCCAAUGAGUUUCAAUGUGCCAACGGCCAGUGUGUAUCCAGCACUUUCGUUUGUGACAAAGACGACGACUGUUCAGACGGCUCAGAUGAGGCUUCCUGCCCCAAACCCACCUGCAGCACCCAGUCCUUCCAGUGCAACAACUCAGUGUGUGUGCCCAGCUUCUGGCGCUGCGAUGGAGACAAGGACUGUGCAGACGGGUCGGACGAGUGGCCGCAGAACUGUGUGGGACAGCACACAAAGAAGCCAGCCGUGCACUGUGGCCUUCACGAGUUCCAGUGUGCUAAUGGGGAUUGUAUCCACAGCAGCUGGAGGUGUGACAUAGCAGAUGACUGCCAGGAUCGAUCAGACGAGGUCAACUGCACUCGUCCCACUUGUCGCCAAGAUGAGUUUCAGUGUAGUGACGGUACCUGUAUCCAUGGCAGCCGCCAAUGCGACAAACAUCCCGACUGCAGCGACCUCAGUGAUGAGAAGGACUGCCCCACAGAAAAUGUAUGUGAAGGCCCCGAAAAGUUCAAGUGUGACAGCAGGGAGUGUAUCAGCAUGGACAGAGUGUGCAACACACAGAAAGACUGCAGUGACUCAUCCGAUGAAAGUGUUCAGUGUGGCAUUAACGAAUGUUUGACUGCAAAUGGUGGAUGCUCACAUUACUGUACGGACCUUAAGAUUGGCUACAACUGCUCCUGCCGUGCCGGAUACAGACUGAUGAUGGACAAGAAAACCUGUGAAGACAUUGAUGAAUGUGCCGAGCCCGACACCUGCAGUCAGAAAUGCAUCAACCUGCCCGGCAGCUACAAGUGUGAUUGCCAAAAGGGCUAUGAGAUCGACCCUGCGAGCAAGACAUGUAGGGCCGAAACAGGCAAUGUGCCAACCCUCUACUUCACCAAUAGACACGAGGUGAGGAAGAUCACGGUGGACCACAGAGAGUACGUCCGUCUUAUUCCCCAGCUGAAGAACGCAGUAGCUCUGGACAUAGACAUGCCAAACAAAACAAUCUUCUGGUCAGACAUGUCUCUAAAGAAGAUCUACAGCUCCAGCUUAGAUGUGGCCGGUAACUCCUCUCACCACACCGUAGUCAUUGGCAAUGAGAUUGAGGCCCCAGAUGGCAUUGCGGUGGAUUGGAUCCAUGGUAACAUCUACUGGACUGACAGUGUUUUGACGACUAUCUCUGUGGCAACGAUGGACGGCAGCAAGAGGAAGACCCUGAUCACAAAUAACCUCCAAAAACCAAGAGCCAUCACAGUCGACCCUGUAAAUAACUUCAUGUACUGGACAGACUGGGGAGACGUGGCCAAGAUAGAGAAGAGUGGGUUGAAUGGAGCGGAUCGCGUUGCCUUAGUAACAGAUAACAUCAUGUGGCCCAAUGGCAUCACCCUGGACAUAGUCAACCAGCGUCUGUACUGGGUCGACUCCAAGAUGCACACUUUGUCCAGCAUCGAUGUAAAUGGAGGGACGCGACGCACUCUUAUUUACAGCGAGGAAACGCUCCCCCACCCCAUGUCUCUGACAGUCUUUGAGGAGAAAGUGUAUUGGACAGACAUGGCCAACGGUGCAGUUUACAGUGCCAACCGCCUGACAGGAAGUGACAUCACUCUGCUGGCAAAAGACCUUGAUCAGCCGGAGGACAUCGUUCUGUACCACAGCCUCAGGCAGCCUCAAGGCAAAAACUGGUGCAACGAGAGUAACAGUAUAAACGGAGGAUGCGAGUUUCUGUGCCUCCCUGCUCCUCUGAUCAACCAGCGCUCACCGAAAUACACCUGCGCCUGUCCUGACAACAUGACCAUGGCACCUGACAUGAGAAAAUGUGUGACAGUAUCCCCAGUUGCACCUCCUACAGAUAAAAAACCUGCUGCACCGCUCCCGCCCAAAGCUCCAACCAAACCUGCUCCUCCCAGGCGAACUGUUCCUACCACUGCUACAACUACCACCAGACCUACCCAAAAACACACAACUAUCUCAUCUAACCAGCCCACACAGGAGCAUGUUGCUACUGCUCAAGGUAACAGAUUGGUAGCCUCCCCUGAAGAAGCCACUUCCUCCCAUCCUAUGGCUCUCUACGUCGUGUUGCCAAUACUCGUUAUGUCUCUGCUGUUCUUUGGAGCAGUUUUUCUCUGGAGAAACUGGCGUCUGAAGAACACCAACAUCAUCCACUUUGAUAAUCCAGUGUACCAGAAAACCACUGAGGAUGAGCUACACAUCUGCUCGAACAGCUCUGAAGGUUACGUUUAUCCUGCGAGGCAAAUGUUGAGAAUGGAGGACGUGGAUGUUGCUUGACCCAAAGAUAAAGAAGACAAUUGCUUUUUUUUAUGUCAUUUUUUCUGUUGCUAACAUGAAGCAACAAAAGGCCAUUAUUUUCUGCUGCUGCUGCUUCUUCUUAGCAGCCUUUGCUUUCCCCCCUCCAAGUGAGCUCAUGUUGUUGCCUCUGUCUCUGAUCUCAGCACUGUGCCGUCCAAGUCUGAAGAAAGGAAAAAAUUAACUCUCUUUGAAACAUCAUUAUGACAAAAAUAGAGCAGGACUCCAGGAAAACAUUAAGUCAGACCACAACAUGGUUUAAAAAAUGAAAGACUAAUGCAUUCUUUCAUGUUCUUAUUCCCAGAGCCAUGACUCUUUUGAAGCUGAAAAAGUCUUACUUUGCCACCAGCACAUUGCCUCACUUUAUUUAAUAUACCGAUGACACAAGUCACACAUUCUGCAAGUUUAACUUGAAAACUAGACCCCUACUCUUUUAACACUCAUAUGUGCCUUCCAUCUGUACUCUAGUAAUCUAGAAAAGUGUAUUGAAUGUAUAUAAAUGCCUUAAAGACCAGAAUACUCUCCAAACUAGUUUCUGCUUUAAUUAAUGCCUUAAUGCUGAAGUGUUUAGCACCGUAGCCUUUCCUCCUGUGUACAGUGUUGCACAUUUAGUUGGCUCCUAUAUCAGAGGCAUUUUUCUUGAGCAUCCAUCGUGUCUCAAAUGGAAGUUCAAUUUAAAUCAGGACUGUUGUGUUUUUUUUCCUCUUAUGACCCCUCUUCAACAAGGUAGCUGAAUGUGAGGGAGUUAUAGAUAGUUUACAUUGUAAGUGAAAAAGCUGCUGAGUUUUUUGAAGUCAACCAAAGUGAAGAAAGUUUUCUAUUUUAAAUGAAGAUACUGUAGUUGAGUAAAAAGGUUAUGUCUAAUAACACUGUAUAUAAAUAAUAAAUAAUGUAAAUAUUUUUGUAAAACUCUCUUAAGUUUACUCUGGUGUUGCCUUUUUACAUUUGUAAAUGUGAAUCAAGAAAUGUUAUACACAUGUAAGAGAUUGUUUUAUUUAUUUAUGGAAAUAUGCAAGAUUUUUUUUUUGAUUGUUGUCAUCUGGCUAUAAAUACUUUAAUACUUUAUUUUGGAGCCUACCUUGGUGUAUUGUUUAACUAAGCCAGUCCAACCGUUGCAUUGUAAAUAUGUUAUUUAACGUAUGUUCGACCAAGUUAAUUUAAAUCAGUCAAUCCUGCAGCGUAGUGCUGCACGUUACAGAGAAAUGUUAAGAAGCUGUCUUUUUCCUUACACAUGUUUGUUUGUUCUUCAGUGACAAGUCUUACAUAAUUUAUUUUGCUUCUGUUUUUCUGUUACUAUGACGUCAUUUUCAGUGUGAGAUUAAGGCACAUACUGUGCAGAAUACAAUGUUUAAUGGUCUGCACAAAUGUAGGUAUGGACAGAUAUUGAUGUGCACAAACAGCCUGCUUGUCAAUUCACAUUGCUUUGUUUGUUUGUUCAUUUUUAAAUAAAAGAAAAAAACAUCU